AUGAGCCCGUCCUCUGGACCUCCCCGAAAACUGCGCCACAUCAAAGGGCUCUGGCUCGAGGACGGCAACAUCAUCCUCGUCGCCGCGGGUGCCAAGUACGGCUUUCGACUCUAUCGUGGUCUCCUCGCGUCCCAAUCAUCCAUCUUUUCCGACAUGUUCGCGGCUGCAAUCCCAAGCACAGAGGAUUCACACAACGGCUGCCCCGUAGUCCACCUCUCGGACUAUACGGCCGACCUUGACAGCACCAACGGUACGCAUCCUUACUUCACGCGUCGCUCUGGCCACCAAACGCCUCCCCCGUUUUCCAGCUUCUACGACAGCAACAGUGUCAUCACGUUCGUGGAGUGCGCCGCGGUCGCUCGCCUCGCACACAAGUACGAUGUUGAAAACGCGCUUAGCAGAGCCCUCGACCUCCUCCGGGAGCACUUCACCUCCGACUUCGACGUCUGGGAAGACGACGAGCGUCGGGAGCCCCUCACGGGCGUCGACGAAGACCGGACGUGCGCCAUCGGGGCUGUGAACCUGGCCCGGUUGACCAACACGCCCUUGAUCCUCCCGCUCGCGCUGUACCUAUGUGUUCAGCUCGGCGGAGACGUUCUCAAGGGCUGGACGCACAACGGCACGACGGAGCACCUCUCGCAGGAAGACCUGGAGUGGUGCAUCAACGCGCGGGCGCGGCUGGCGAGCGAGAACACGGCCGGGGUGCUUGCGGAGCCGGUGGAAGAUCGGAAGUGGACCUGCGACGCUCUCGGUGCGCGCGAUCGGGAUCGCGGGAGGGCGGUGGAGGACGCGCUUGCUCCGGCGGGGCGGCAUCUCUGCGGGAGGUGCCAGUGGAAGGUGCGGACUUGGCAUGAGGUGUACCGCAGGCAUGUGUGGAGGAGCCUUCCGGAGAUAUUCGAGGUUGAGGUGGAAGGAUGGGAGGUUGAAGAGGAUAUGGAGGUGGAUGAUGAAGACGAGGCGGUGGGUGCGGGCGAGGCGAGCGAAGACGAAGAAGAGAUGGAUGGGGACGAGACCGAGUCGUCGUCGUCGUCGUUGUCGGACAACAUGGACUAA